CAAAGUUAGACCAAAGGUGAGAGAAAAUUUGAGAUUUUCUAGUCAUUUGGCCACCAAAUCUCUUUCAAUCUCAACCCCUCUUCCCAAUUUCCCUUUUCUCUCUUCUUCUUCUUCAACCUGCGGUGACCCCUUCUCUGCAAUUUCACAGGGGGUCGCCUCAAAUUCGCCUGUUUGUCUCGUUUUUCUCUCUUUCCAAUCCCACUUUCCAACACCCAAUUUCUCCAUUAGCGGGAAAAACCCACUUCCCAUUCGAACAAAAACAAAGAAUUCCCAAUUCAGUUCUCUAAUCACAAUGUCAGAAAUGGCGAACGCAGAUCCCGAAGGAAUCGAUGGAGUUCGUAUGUCAUGGAAUGUUUGGCCACGUACCAAGGUUGAAGCCAGCAAGUGCGUUGUUCCACUCGCCGCCUCGAUCGCUCCGAUCCGUCAUCACCCUGAGAUCCCUACUCUUCCAUACGCGCCUCUCCGUUGCAAGUCUUGCUCCGCCGUUCUCAACCCAUUUUCCCGUGUCGACUUCACCGCUAAGAUUUGGAUCUGCCCUUUUUGCUACCAGCGCUGCCAUUUCCCUCCUCAUUAUGCCAUGAUCUCUGAAACCCAUCUUCCUGGCGAGCUUUAUCCUCAGUACACCACUGUUCAAUAUGCUCUUCCUCAAUCUACUCAUCCUAAUCCUGCCCUAGAUUCAACCCAGCAGGCGAAUCCCUCCCCGGUUUUCCUUUUUCUGCUUGAUACUUGUAUGAUCGAGGAAGAAUUGGGGUUUGUGAAAUCCGCGCUUAAAAGGGCGAUCGGGUUGUUGCCUGAUAAUGCGCUUGUUGGAUUUGUUUCGUUUGGGACUCAGGUUCAGGUUCAUGAAUUGGGAUUCUCUGAUAUGUCUAAGGUGUAUGUGUUUCGGGGUACGAAGGAGGUUUCUAAGGAUCAGGUUUUGGAACAAUUGGGUCUUGCAGUUGGAGCGCGGAGAGUUGCUGGAGCAUAUCAAAAGGGGGUUCAGAAUGGAUUCCCUAAUUCGGGCGUUACACGUUUUUUGUUGCCUGCUUCUGAAUGCGAAUAUACCCUCAAUUCGUUGUUGGAUGAACUUCAAACGGAUCAAUGGCCUGUUUCUCCGGGUAAUCGGGCAUCCCGUUGCACUGGAGUGGCAUUAAGUGUUGCAGCGAGUUUGCUUGGAGCUUGUUUGCCUGGAACUGGUGCUCGAAUUAUUGCUUUGGUUGGUGGACCAUGCACAGAAGGGCCUGGCACGAUUGUGUCCAAAGAUUUAUCAGAUCCAGUACGUUCACAUAAAGACCUUGAUAAGGAUGCAGCUCCUUACUUUAAAAAAGCAGUCAAAUUCUAUGAAAGUCUUGCAAAACAGCUGGUUGGCCAAGGCCAUGUCUUGGAUCUUUUUGCAUCGGCACUUGAUCAGGUUGGUGUUGCCGAAAUGAAAGUGGCAGUAGAAAAAACUGGUGGCCUUGUUGUUCUAGCAGAAAGUUUUGGACAUUCUGUAUUUAAGGACUCUUUCAAGCGUGUGUUUGAGGAAGGGGAGCACUCUCUUGGUCUUUGCUUUAAUGGCACCCUUGAGAUCAAUUGUUCAAAGGAUAUCAAGAUUCAGGGGAUAAUUGGACCUUGCACAUCUUUGGAGAAGAAAGGUCCCGCUGUUGCCGAUACCGUUAUUGGGGAGGGGAAUACUACCAUGUGGAAAAUGUGUGGCCUUGACAAAAGCACUUGUUUGACAGUGUUUUUUGAUCUUACAUCAAGUGAUAGGUCAAGUACUCCAGGGACUGCAAAUCCACAGUUGUAUUUGCAGUUUCUUACUAGUUAUCAAGAUCCUGAAGGUCAGUCUAUGCUUCGGGUUACCACUGUCACUAGAAGAUGGAUAGACACUGCUGUUAGCUCGGAGGAAUUGGUGCAAGGGUUUGAUCAAGAGGCUGCUGCAGUUGUUGUGGCGAGAUUAACUUCCUUGAAAAUGGAGAUGGAGGAGGGGUUCGAUGCUAUUCGGUGGUUGGAUCGAUCCUUGAUUCGCCUCUGUUCUAAGUUUGGUGAUUAUCGGAAAGACGAUCCAUCUUCCUUUACUUUAAAUCCUUGCUUUUCUUUGUAUCCUCAGUUCAUGUUUAAUUUGCGGCGUUCACAAUUUGUACAGGUCUUUAACAACAGUCCAGAUGAAACUGCAUAUUUUAGGAUGUUGUUAAACAGGGAGAACAUCACGAAUGCUGCAGUGAUGAUUCAGCCAUCACUAAUAUCGUACUCGUUCAAUUCACUCCCUGCACCAGCGUUGUUAGAUGUUGCUUCCAUUGCAGCUGAUCGCAUUCUCCUGCUAGAUUCUUAUUUCAGUGUUGUCAUAUUUCAUGGAAUGACAAUAGCACAGUGGCGUAAUAUGGGAUACCAAAAUCAGCCAGAACACCAAGCAUUUGCACAGUUAUUGCAAGCUCCACAUGAUGAUGCCCAAAUUAUUAUUAAUGAGCGUUUUCCAGUACCUCGUUUGGUUGUCUGCGAUCAACAUGGUUCCCAGGCUAGAUUCUUAUUGGCAAAGUUGAAUCCAUCAGCAACAUAUAACAAUGCUCAAGAAAUAGCAGCCGGAUCAGAUAUCAUAUUUACGGAUGAUGUUAGCCUUCAAGUGUUCUUUGAGCAUCUUCAGAGGUUGGCUGUGCAAUCUUGAGAAUAGAUGGCUUUCUUGAGGCUUAUAGGAAAAAUCUGAUCGUUCUUGCUGUGGGAAAAAUUCACUGAGGGUUAUGUAUAUCUGGUGUGUUAUUGACUUCUUUUCUGGUCUUUCCAUUAUUUUCCAAGUUGAGAAGCCAAUAUUCCCACAUUCUCUCAUUUGAAGAAUAUAUUGAGGAACACUGAUAAAAAAAAAAUUCUUUUUUUGGGGGGAUAUUCUCUUUCGGCAUUGCUGCUUAAUAAAGGGUCACAAAGGUUAUUUGAGCUUCAAGUUAGUUUAUAUGAGGGAAGGGGCAAAAGAAAGGAGAGGCUUGUUGGGAAUGUAAUUUAGAGGAAUCCUUCAACAGCUUAGACAUUUGUGAAAGUCAAUUCUGUUAGGAGUUUUGGUUCUUCAAUUUGUUAUUUUGUAUUGAGGUUAGACCACAAGUAUUUUUGAUGAUUCUCCAAGUAAAUUAUAAGGAAGGGAGCUUAGUCAAAUUGUGUUUGUGUUUUCAAAGUCAGGCUUGCAAUUGCAAUUUUAUUUAAAAGACUCAUACCUGUUGAUUAUUCAA